AGAAUGCAGCUAUUAAAUGUGGAGGCAGAAAUUUCCUGUCAAGGAGGAAAGCAGAGUGGAAAGGAGAAUGGACAUAGAAGAAUGGGUGAUCACUUUGGCUUUUCCUUUUGGGAACCGUCUCAAGAAAGGAACAACCUCUCCCGGAGUCUAUGCUUUUCUUCCAACAGAGAUGGUUACAAACUUUCCCUUCAUAAUUCAAGCAGAUUUCCUUCUUGCUUCAUCGAGGGAAGCAAUACUAUUUGAUAAUAAAUGGAAUGAAGGGAUUCUUGACUGUGUGCCCUCUGCUUUUGUUAAAGCAAUAGAAUCACUGGUCAAAACAGAAAAUGCUCCAGUAUCUAAUUUGCCUCCAAUGUUCAACUUCUUGCCGGUUAAAAGCUCUUCCUAUCAAGAGCUGAAUGCUGUAAGAGAAUCAAUUAAAGCAAAGCUGGUUGAGGAGAACAUUGUUCCGAGUGAAUCAAACUUGGAGCAGAAAUACUUCUACAAACCCCGUGAAGUGGGAAGGCUGAUGCCCGCUUUCUGGAAAAUUUUGGACAAGGCAAUGGGUCAAGGCGUAAGCUUGAAUAAUCUCUCAUCCCAUGGUAUAUAUAUUCUGAAUUCUGCAUUCGACAAGGAAGAGUAUAAUGAGGUACUGGAUUUCUUAGGUGUGGGAUCAGUUAACAACGAAUGGUAUGCAAAGUGUAUCCAGAGUUCGAAUCUUGUAUUGGGAGUGUCUGAGGAUGUUUAUUUGGAACUUCUCAUUUUCCUAGCUGAUAAUUGGUCAUCCAAUUUCAGCUCAACCAACAUUGGAAAUAUAUCCUUGAUCAAAUAUGUUGAUCUGAAUGGGAAUGUGGCUUUGUGCAGUAUUAGUAGCCUAGCGAAGCCUGGCUGUAAGAGUGUAGUUUGUCUAUCAAAAUACUUGCAGAAGGAUCUGUCAUGGUUGAUUGAUUGGAACAAGGAAUUCAUAUUUGUUGCCAAUCGUAUUUUUAUGCCAAAGAAAACUCAUUAUGCUAUUCGAUCAUAUUAUAAGAAGCAAGAUUUAUUGACAUGGCUGACAGACUGCGUGAAGGUUGUUCUUGUGAGUGCGUAUGAUUAUGCACGUGUUCUUAUUGAUUAUCUCAAUAGUGACCGGAAGCUUGUUGUUGCCUUUGCUCACUUCUUAUAUCACUCAUCUUUAGAGAAUUAUAUAUCACGAGAGAAUGUUGAAGAUUUGUGUCGAAUUAUGCCACUCGUUGAUAACUACGGGAAUGUGAGCACAAAAAGGAAAGGGGUCCUUGUUCCUGCUAAUGGAAGCAACUGGGUGAAUCUGAUUGGUUCAAAUCCAUGGAGACAACAAAGCUAUAUUGAGUUGGGGGAAGAUUACUUGCGUCCUUGCUGUUAUGCUGGGCAGAGUACACAUGGAAAACAAUUCUUAGAGUUCCUGAAAUCAAAUGUUGGAGCUUGUGAUAUCCCCGAUAUAUCUCCUCCCGAUGCAGGGAUUCCAGCUGUGUAUUCCCCACUCACCAAGCACAACGCAUUCUUGCUCUUAGAUUGGAUUAAGAACCUGAAAAAUAAGGGAAUUCCUAUCCCACAGAAGUUGUUGACAUGCAUAAAGGAGGGUGGCUGGCUGAAAGUCACUAUGAAUGGUUCUCCUAGUUAUAAACCACCAUCGGAGUCAUUUUUUCUGACAUCAUCAUUGGGAACUAUUCUGCAGAAUGGAUCUGUGCUUGUUGACAUUCCCUUGGUCGACCAGAGUUUUUAUGGUGAUAGUAUACACAAUUACAAGGAGGAGCUGAAGGCUAUUGGAGUAAUGUUUGAAUAUUCAGAAGCAUGUCAAUUUAUUGGGGAGCGUCUCAUGUCGCUGGCGGCUUCCUCCAAUGUUACUAGAAGCAAUGUCUUGUCAAUACUGAAUUUUGUAAAAUUUCUGGGGGAUAAUUACCUUCCACCUGAGAGUUUAAUUACUAGUAUCAGAAGAGGAAGUUGGCUAAAGACGGACCACGGUUACAAGUCACCCGUUGGGUCUGUUUUAUUUGAUCAGGAGUGGAAAGUAGCAUCACAAAUCAGUAACAUUCCCUUCAUUGAUCAAGCUUACUAUGGUGAGGAAAUCCUUUGUUUCAAAAAGGAGCUCCAACAGCUUGGUGUUGUACUUGGCUUCGAUCAGCAUUAUGCUCUUGUCAUUCAGCACUUAAAAUCGCCUCUGUACCUGACUUCACUUGCAGAUGAGGCUGUGCUUUUGGUUCUGAAAUGCAUCCGCUAUUCAAAUUCCUCUGUUUAUAACCUACUUGUUGAAGCACUUCAAAGUACGAAAUGCUUGAAGACAACUGCUGGUUACAAGUCUCCACGUGAAUGUUUUCUGUUAGAUCCUGAAUGGGGUUGUCUUCUACAGGUUUUCAAUGAUUUCCCAAUACUUGAUCUAAAAUUCCAUGGAAGUAGCACAUCCUCUUGGGUAAAUGAGUUGAAGCAAUUAGGGGUGUUGCUGGAUUUUGAGGUGGCCGUGAAAAAAUUUGCCAGCAUUUUUCAGCAAAAGGCCCGUUCAUCGUCCAUUUCAGAAAACAAUGUUCUGUCCUUUCUCUCGUGUUACAGAAAGCUGGAGGGAAUGUCUCGUAAAUUUCCUCCUGAUUUUAUGAAGUGCAUCCGUGAUGAAAAAUGGCUGCGGACUCAGUAUUGUGUUGAUCCUGUUAGAUCUCCACGAGAAUGCAUUCUCUUUUGUCCUGAAUGGGAGUCUAUAUCUCGUAUCGCCAUGCUUCCUUUUAUAGAUGACCGUGACAGUUGCUAUGGCAAAGCCAUUCAUGAAUACAGAGAAGAGCUGAAGCGUAUGGGAGUCAUUGUGAAACUUGAAAAGGGUGUGAAGUUUGUAGCUGAUGGUCUUUGUAGUUUCGUGAAUCCCAGCAGCCUCACUCCUGCAAAUGUUCUUGCAUUGCUUAAAUGCAUCCGGAUAUCCAAUGAGAAGAAAAAUUCUUUGCCCGAGUCUUUUACCAAAAAAGUUUCUCAAAAAUGGUUGAAGACUUACGAUGCAGCUAGUUAUUAUAGCCCAAAUAGAUGCUGCUUGUUCGAUUCCGUGUGGGAAUUGUAUUUGAACCGGAGAGAUGGACCCUUCAUUGAUGAAGAGUUUUAUGGUUCUGAAAUCAAAUCUUACCGUGAAGAGCUUAAGGCAAUAGGAGUAAUUGUUGAUGUUGAGAAGGGAUGUUCGCUGCUUGCGGACAACUUGAAUUCUCACUCUGACUUUGCCACUAUAGUUCGAAUAUAUGAAUACUUGGGAGAAAUGAAGUGGGAGGCUAAUAAUGAAGCUGCAAAACGGAUUUGGAUUCCAGAUGGAAGUGAGAAUGGACAGUGGGUUAACCCUGAAAAGUGUGUUUUACAUGAUAAAGACGGUCUGUUCAGUUCUCAGUUGACUGUAUUAGAUAAACAAUAUGAGCGGAAGUUGCUGAGCUUCUUCACCAAAGCAUUCAGUGUUCAAUCCAAUCCUUCGGUUGAUGAUUAUUUCAAGCUUUGGAAGGGUUGGGAAAGCUCAGGAUACCAACCGUCAAAGGAUGAGUGUUAUGCAUUUUGGCGUUGUGUUGUGGGUUGGAGUACGAAGAAACAAAAACUUCUUGCUGACAGCUUGGUGAAGGUGCCUGUAGAUUCAGGCUCAGAUAGAAUUUUGUUGCUCAACAAGCAAGAUGUUUUUAUUCCUGAUGAUCUUCAAAUUAAGGAUUCAUUUGAACAAUCCUCUCGCUCAUUAUUUGUCUGGUACCCUCGGUCCAGCUCACCUUCUUUACCUAGGACUGAGUUGCUUGAAAUCUAUUGGAAUCUUGGGGUUCGCACAAUCUCUGAAUCUGUGCAGAGAGAAGAAUUAUCCUUAGAACAUGGUGUGGAACUCGAGCAGGUGAAUCCAAGUGAUGUAUCAAUUGGCAGAGGGCUGGUUAAACUCAUUCUUGGCUUCCUUACUGAUUUUAAACUUGAAGGGGAAAAGAGGCAUGAAGCUGUCAAGUGCCUCCUCAAUCUCACUGCUCUGAAGACUCCAGAACCAAUUACCGUGAGGUAUAGUUUAUCAUUGUCAUCAGGUGAAAUUGUGGAUGCCAGAGAAAGCCGAAUGAUUCGAUGGGACAAAGAGAGUUCAAAGUUCUUCACUCAGGCGGUGGACAGGUGUUGUGGACACAAAUUCCGCUUAGAAUAUGCAACCUACUUCUCAAAAGUCAUAUCAGAGGGUGUGUUAUGGGAUAGAGAAGAGCUCAUAAGUGCACUCUCUGAGCUGAUCAAGUGUGCUUUUCUGGUGGAAUUUGAUGAAGAAGCUGUUGGGUUUCUUAUGAAAUCAAAGAAUUUGCAAAUCUACGAGGAGGAUGAGAAGUUCUUGGCUGCUGAAUUCCCUUCUGAGCACACGUAUUCUCAGAAUAUGCAAUCUACUUCUCAGAAGUCGUAUCAGAGGGUGUGUUAUGGGAUAGAGAAGAGCACAUAAGUGCACUCUCUGAGCUGAUCAAGUGUGCUUUUCUGGUGGAAUUUGAUGAAGAAGCUGUUGGUUUUCUCAUGAAAUCAAAGAAUUUGCAGAUCUACGAGGACGAUGAGAAGUUCUUGGCUGCUGAAUUCCCUUCUGAGUAAGUAUAUGCUAGAAAUCUCCUGAUCUGUUUUCUCCUCCAAUUUUCUUUUGUGUUAUUUUCCAUUGCAUGGAUGUGUUUCUUUUCAUAAGUAUACAAUGUUGCUGCUGGAGGGUAUUGCUGCUAAUUGCCUAUCUAAAUAAUUAGUAUGUU